AUGCCUGCUAAAUCCAAGCGCAACAAAAGAAAGGACUCCGCAGGCGAUGCUGUUGCAACAAUUUCAGCUAAGCAGACCCCCGAUCUAGGAGUGGAUGGUCCCUUUCAGAGUGACUUCCACAGUUUAUCAACACAGGAGUUGUUGCAUGCUAUUUCGGAACGGAAUAAGGAUCCAGUAAUCGACAAAAUGCUCAAGGCGCUCGCUUCUAAAAUUCCUGAAGAAGUGUCUACUGGAAUUGAAGCUGAGAAACGUGGACGUAGCCUCGUUAUCGCUGGACUUCCUGAAUCGUCCCCCAACUUGCGUCCUUCGGCUAAGCAGUCUGAAUUGGAGGCCGAAGUAGGUGAUCUUUUGGACAUUCUUGGUGUCGAAUGUCGACCUUUAGAAAUUUAUCGUUUUUGUAAAGCUGCGGACACACGCCCCCGCUUAGUUAAGUUGGUAUUGCAAUGUAGGUCUCACCAGAUAACUGCACUGUCGAAUCCUUAUCUCUUCGCAAUUCUAAUGCCGUAA